AUGCGUGUAUUGUGUCGUCAUCUUAGACCUGGUUUAGAAUGGACACGUGGCAAUGAAUUACCCAACUUCUUGUAUUCACAAUCCCGUGAGCAUAAUAAAACACAAGAUUAUUGUCAUCCACGAUCGAAUUCAGUCCAGUUGCCUAACUUUGGGUUAUUUUCACCAAGAAAUUCUUUGAAUACAUCUUCGUUAGCAGCAUCGAAAAUAUCAACUCCUUCUAGCUAUCGUCGACGUUUUUCAUAUGCUAAUUUUAGAGGAUUAAAUUCUACAGGGAAUGAGGAUAGUUCAUCAUCAUCAUCAUCAAGUGUUAAAAGAUCUCCAUAUUUAUUGUUCUAUAUACACGGUGGUGGAUUUAUUGCAUUGAAUUCUCAAUCACAAGAUAAUUUCCUACGUAUAUGGGCUGAACAAUUAGACUGUCCAAUUCUAGCGGUUGACUAUUCCCUUGCACCUGAAGCGCCUUAUCCUCGUGCAUUAGAAGAUUGUUAUUAUGCUUAUUGUUGGGUUGCGUUGAAUCGUGAACAUUUUGGCUGUACACCGGAUGCACGUAUUGUUCUUGGCGGUGAUUCAGCUGGUGGUAAUCUAGCCUUAGGUGUAUGUAUGCGUGCCUUGCACGACGGUAUACUUGACAGUCCUGCUGGCUUAUUUUUAGCCUAUACACCUGUAUUAGUGUCUCUUACACCAUCACCAUCGAGAUUAUUAUCUUUGUGUGAUCCUUUACUACCGAUUGGAGUGCUUUCUAAGUGUUUAUUAGCCUACGCUGGGGUUGAUGAAGCCACUUUAAAUCUUGAAGACACUUCUUCUUGUUCUUGUCUUGAUGCCAAAAUUGUUGACAAUUCAACAAAUCUUGAAAGUAAAGAAAACUCACCAAACAACAGUCCAUUAUGGUCACGUUUAGCCUCUAGACUAUGGUAUGGUGGUACAUCUAAAGGCGAAGAAGAAGAAGUUGUUGACAUAGACUCAGGCAUUAAUACGAAUAAAUCCCCUCGUUUACACAGAUCUUCAAAUGCUGCUAAAGUACACUUUCGAAAUCACAGAGAUCAUUCUAUACCGUGUAGUCGAUCGUUGUUGAGUCAACGAUCUCAUUCGUUAACACCACUGACCAAUCCUAACACUUAUCGUAAACUUUCAAAGUUGAACGAAUCAGAAUCACACAGUUACAAUUCGAAUCCAUCAAGUGGUAGUACAGCACCAGGAAAUUAUUAUCUACCUCAAGAGAGUUUACACUACUCUUCUAAUGAUUGUUCUACUGACGAGAGACACUCUGCUGGCAAUAAUCAUCUGCCCUGUCGACCGCCUACGGAUUUAAAUCGUGUUCGAAAUAUCUCCCUAUCUCAAGAUGCCUAUAUGUCUCCGUAUUUGGCGUCAGAUGAUAUGCUACGGAAACUACCACCUAUGGCUAUUAUAUGUUGUUCCCAAUUCGAUCCCUUCUUGGAUGAUGCUUUGGAAUUGGCAAAACGUGUCUCCAAACUAGACAUCCUAAUCGAUGUUCGUGUACUAGAAGAUUUACCACAUGCAUUUCUUAAUUUUUGUCUAUUAGGUCCAGAAUUUCAAAAAGCUAAUAAAAUCUGUAUACAAAUAUUAAGUAAUCUGCUGAAUGAAUGUUAUCAACCCGAAACAUUGUCACCUCCAACUCCAUCAGCUCCACGAUCACGAUCAGCAUCGCCACCACCAUCACCGCCACCGUCAUCAUCACCAUCAGCAUCAUCAUCGUCAUUAUCACCAACUUUUUCACCGAGUUCCCAGGAUAUUGAUUAA